AUGUUUGUCUACAAGAGAGAUGGACGCAAGGAGCGUGUGCAGUUCGAUAAAAUCACAGCUCGUGUGUCUAGACUCUGUUAUGGCCUAGAUCCAGAGCAUGUCGAUGCCGCGGCUAUCACCCAGAAGGUCAUUUCUGGCGUCUACCAAGGAGUAACAACAGUCGAGUUGGACAACCUGGCGGCUGAAACUGCAGCGUAUAUGACCGUUACCCAUCCAGACUACGCAAUUCUAGCUGCCCGGAUUGCUGUAUCCAACCUUCACAAGCAAACCAAGAAGCAAUUCUCGUCCGUGAUAGAUGAUCUGUACCACUACCACAAUCCCAAGAACAGACGUCCUGCCCCCAUGAUAUCACAGAGUACGUACGAAAUCGUAAUGAGACAUGCAGAUGAGUUCAACUCAGCUAUUGUUUACGAUCGCGACUUCAACUACCAAUACUUCGGAUUCAAGACUCUGGAGAGGUCUUACCUGCUUAGAAUCAAUGGCAAGGUUGCAGAGCGCCCACAGCACAUGAUUAUGCGUGUUGCUAUUGGGAUCCAUGGAGAUGAUGUGGAGAGAGUCAUUGAGACAUAUAACCUCAUGUCGCAAAAGUACUUCACUCAUGCCUCUCCUACCCUUUUCAACGCUGGUACUCCCCAGCCUCAGAUGGCCUCGUGCUUCCUCAUUGAUAUGAAGGAAGACAGCAUCGAGGGUAUUUAUGACACCCUGAAAACUUGUGCUUUAAUUUCAAAGACCGCUGGUGGUAUUGGUCUUAACAUUCACCGCAUCCGUGGUACCGGUUCCUACAUUGCUGGAACGAAUGGCUCUUCAAACGGAAUUGUUCCUAUGCUCCGCGUUUUCAAUAACACUGCCAGAUACGUCGAUCAGGGAGGUAACAAGCGCCCAGGAGCGUUUGCCAUCUAUCUUGAGCCAUGGCAUACUGAUAUUUUCGAAUUCUUGGAUCUCCGGAAAAACCACGGCAAGGAAGAAGUUCGUGCUCGUGAUCUAUUCCUUGCACUUUGGACACCUGAUCUAUUUAUGAAACGCGUUGAGAAGAAUGGUGAAUGGACUCUGUUCUGUCCAAAUGAAGCACCAGGCUUGGCGGAUGUCUAUGGUGAUGAGUUUGAGGCUCUUUAUGAGAAAUAUGAAAAGGAAGGCAGAGGCAAGAAAACCAUCAAGGCCCAGAAACUUUGGUAUGCUAUUCUCGAGGCUCAAACUGAGACUGGUAACCCCUUUAUGCUCUACAAGGAUGCUUGCAACAAGAAGAGCAACCAAAAGAACCUGGGGACUAUUAGAAGCUCCAAUCUAUGCACUGAGAUCAUCGAGUACUGCUCACCUGAUGAAGUUGCUGUUUGCAACUUGGCUUCCAUUGCCUUACCUACCUUCGUGGAUGCUGUACGUGGAGAAUAUGAUUUUGGCAAGCUCCACGAAGUAACUCAAGUCGUCGUUCGCAACCUUAACAGAAUCAUCGACCGAAACUACUAUCCAGUCGAGGAAGCCAAACGAAGCAACUUCCGCCAUCGCCCAAUUGCCUGCGGUGUUCAGGGCCUUGCUGAUGCUUUCCUCGCUUUGCGACUUCCAUUUGAUUCCCCUGAAGCCAAGCUGUUGAAUAUUCAAAUUUUUGAAACAAUUUACCAUGCCUGUUUGACUGCGUCCUGUGAGCUAGCUAAGGUUGACGGCCCAUAUUCCUCAUAUGAAGGUUCUCCAGUCUCCCAGGGCAUCCUUCAGUAUGAUAUGUGGGGUGUCACUCCCACCGAUCUCUGGGAUUGGGAUUCUCUGAAACAGGAGAUCGCUAAGCAUGGAGUCCGCAAUAGUUUGCUUGUUGCUCCCAUGCCUACUGCCAGCACUAGCCAGAUUCUUGGAUUCAACGAAUGCUUCGAACCUUACACCUCUAAUAUCUACUCGCGCCGUGUCCUUGCAGGCGAGUUCCAAAUUGUCAACCCGUGGCUUUUGAAGGAUCUGGUGGACUUGGGUCUCUGGUCCGACAACAUGAAGAAUCGAAUUAUUGCAGAUGGAGGCUCUAUCCAAAACAUUCCCAAUAUCCCACAGGAUAUCAAAGCACUUUACAAAACCGUCUGGGAAAUCUCUCAGCGAACCAUUGUUCAGAUGGCUGCCGAUCGAGGUGCCUUCAUCGACCAAUCUCAAUCUCUCAAUAUCCACUUGAAAGAGCCCACCAUGGGUAAGAUUACCAGCAUGCACUUCACCGGCUGGAAACUCGGCUUGAAGACUGGCAUGUAUUAUCUCCGUACAAUGGCCGCGUCUGCUCCAAUCCAGUUCACCGUGGAUCAAGAACAGCUCAAGGUUGCGGACACCAACGUUGCUCGUGUCAAUGGUGCUAUGAAAAAACGUGCCGCUGUUUCCGCGAGCUAUACUAGUGCCUACUCCUCUGUUCCUCGACCCAUGUACGAUAAAAUCCAAGCCAACGACCAGACAUCCUCUUCCAAUAUAUUGGAUGCGUCUGAAUUGAGCUCGAGUUCCGUUUCUCCCGCGUCCGUCGUAGCUAUCCCGAGUACCGAGGAAACCACGCCAGAAACCACCCAGCUUAAUGGGACCAGCGAGUCUAAGAGUGAAAAAGCAAUCACAGAAGAAAGUGAGGCGGAUAUCUAUUCUCAGAAGGUUAUUGCUUGCAGCAUUGAGAAUCCAGAGUCUUGUCUGAUGUGCAGUGGUUAA